AUGUGCAAAAAGCAGUUCAAGAAGACUGGGACAGCUGAUUUAAGUCUGGAGGCCAUGUACCGCACGGUUGGAGAUACAAAGGAUAUCACGAGUGUUUUGGUCCCCAACGACGCAGAGCAGAGGCUUCUGUCCAACCUCUUGGAUGAAAUGAAAUUGUUCGACCAUGAGCUCAAGGAUGAUAACGAUAGGGAUGACGCUGCUGUUGACAAUUGA